AUGCCGCUGUCUAUUUACAAAAAGUUAGGUAUUGGUGAAGCUAGACCAACUAUAGUCACUCUUCAACUAACAGAUCAAUCUUUCACUCAUCUAGAAGGAAAAAUCGAAGAUAUCCUAAUUCAAGUGGACAAGUUCAUCUUUCCAGCUAACUUUAUCAUUUUGGAUUAUGAAGCGGAUCAUGAUGUGCCAAUUAUCUUGGGGAGACCAUUUUUGAAAACUGGAAGAACAUUGGUAGAUGUCCACAAGGGAACAAUAAUGUUGAGAAUGAAUGAUCAACAAAUAGAAUUUCAUAUGAAUGACAACAUGAAAUAUCCAGCAGUAGUUGAGGAAUGCUCAACAAUUUAUAAAUUGACAGAGAAUCCAGCAACUAAUAGUUGGAAACAGCAACAAGAAGGGGACAGCAGCUGGAAUAAUUGCACUACACAAGCAGAAGUGGAGAAAACGGUAAGAAUUUUUGGAUCACUGGAAUUAGAAGGAAGAAUGAAUUCAUCAAUGAAGUUAUCUAUUGAUGACACACCCUUGAACUACAUCUUAGAAGAACUAUUUGAUAUAUGGGAGAUAGACUUCAUGAAAUUAUUCCCACCCACUUCAAGAUGGAGAGUUCCAAAGGGGCAUCACUUCUUUGACAAUGGAUAA